UAGUUUAUGACUUUUUAGUCUCUUUCUCUCUCUAAAAAAACUAUCAUCCUGUGUUUGUGGAGCAUCUGUCCUAUAGCAUUGAUUCCCUUUUAAACACCUGAUCUUGCUCUUUUUCUUUCUUACUUUUGGAACCAAUUUUUAACGAUGUUUUAAAAUUGCAUGUUAUGUGUUUGUGAGAUUGUCUCUGUUUGUAUUUGUGAUUGAUUUCAUUUUUCAGUUCACUUUUUUGCUUACUGCCAAAUAGUGGUUGAAGUAGAUUUUGGGGUAAGAAGAUUGAUUAGGUUUGGAAAUGGAAGAUAUAGAGUUGUAGGUUUGUUGUGAAGCUUAGAGAAAAAUAAAUGGGGUCUCAAAAUGGGGUAGUUCAAGAGUCAAAGACUUCACCUUUAUCUAGGUCAGGAUCUUUGUAUAAUCUAACCCUUGAUGAAGUACAAAACCAGCUUGGAAAUUUAGGGAAACCACUUGGAAGUAUGAAUCUUGAUGAGCUUCUGAAGAGUGUUUGGAGUGUUGAAGCUGCUGAAGCUUCUGAUUUUGAUGCUAAUAACAUGCAACAUAAUCAACUUGGUUCUUUGAAUUCACAAGGGAGUUUAACUUUAUCUGGUGAUCUUAGCAAGAAAACUGUUGAUGAGGUGUGGAAAGAUAUGCAAGUAAAGAAGAGGAGUGUUAAUAGGGAUAGGAAAGUGCAGGAAAGAGUACCGACACUCGGAGAAAUGACUUUGGAGGAUUUCUUGGUGAAAGCUGGAGUUGUUGGUGAAUCGUUUCAUAAUAACAAAGAAGGUGUUGAUAAUUCAAAUGGUGAUUCUCAUUCUCAGCAAAAUGUUUCACAACAUGGUCAUUGGAUGCAAUAUCACCAGCUUGCUUCAGUGCAGCAACAUGAUAAUCAUCAGAACAAUAUGAUGGGGGGUUUUGUGACUUUUCAGGUUGCAGGGAAUCAAGUUUUGGAUGCAGCCUUGUCACCGUCUUCUUUAAUUGGUACAUUAUCAGAUACACAAACGCUAGGUCGAAAGAGGGUUGCUUCCGGUAUAGUGGUAGAGAAAACUGUGGAGAGGAGACAAAAGAGGAUGAUUAAAAAUAGGGAAUCUGCUGCUCGGUCACGGGCGAGAAGACAGGCUUACACACAAGAACUGGAACUUAAAGUUUCGCGUUUAGAAGAGGAAAAUGAAAGGCUUAGAAGACAGAAUGAGAUGGAGAAGGAGGUGCUAUGUGUGCCGCCACCCGAGCCUAAGAAUCAGCUCCGCCGAACUAGUUCGGCAUCCUUUUGAUGUCUCAUGUGCAUUGUUCGACUCUCAGGUUUCAUACAUUUGGAAGAAGAUAGUUGUUUGUGAUGGAAUCAGAUCUUCACAGCUUGCUUUAUUCCACUAAAGUUUUGUUGUUGUAUCUAUAUUUAUAUCAUUAUCACUUAACCAGCACUAUAAAUAUACUUUAGUCUAAUUCUGGUUUACAUGUGGCUUUAGUUUCAUUUUCCUUUUUUUCUAUGCGAGCAUUUUUUGUAAUUUAUAGCCGUUGCUCCAUUGCAUUUGCUUAGACCAGUUAAAGAUUACUUUUAAACUAUUUCAUUUGAAGUAGAAUGUAGUUGCUGUUAAUGUGGAGAAAUUUGUAGAAGAGUGGAAUUUGGUUAUUAUACAUCUGUGAAUGAUUAAUUGUUGUGUUU